CAGUCGAGCAGCUCGCGUGCGCCCUCCCCGCCCGAAGCGAAGCCACGCUCAACCAGAAACCCCCAUGGCGGCGCCGUGGGUGAUCCUGGGCCGCGUCGCCCGCUUCGCCGCCGCGGAUCCGGGGGACGACGCCGAAGCCGACCCCGCCGACUUCUCCCUCGCGGUCGCGCUGCCGCCGCGGGUCGCCGUGCUUACCGCGGCCCUGAGCGCGCACCCCGACCCCGCGCGGCCCGACAGGUACCCCUACAUCCUCGCCGCCGGCUCCGGGUGCCUGCUCUCCCGCUUCUCCGCCGCCCCGUUCUACGGCGCGCGCUUCGGCCUCGACCCUCCCGACACCCACCUCGUGCUGGUACACGGCUUCGGCGCGGCUGCGGGCGGGAGCGGGACCACGGCCUCCGCCGUGCGCGUCCCCGACCGCCCCGCCUCCAUGCCCGCCAUCCGCAACAUCGAGGGCGUAGGCCUCGUCGACCUCGACGACGGCAAGGGCUACCUGAUCGCCGAGCUCCAGAUCGACAGCGGCAGCGACCGCGCCAGGCUCUUCCGCGUCCACACGGGCCAGGACCGCUGGAUGGAGACGGAGCUGCGUAACCCCCUGCCCGCGCGGGACCGGGAGUGGGUUCCCGGCGGCGUGGUCUCCCUCGGCGGGAAGCUCUACUGGUACGACCUCUCGUGGGGGAUCCUCAUGUGCGACCCCUUCGUCCACGCCCCGGAUCUUCUCUUCUGCUGCCUCCCGCCAGGCCGGGUUCUCGACCUGGCUCGUCCCCACAUCCACAACAGCCGCAGCAUCACGGUGAGCCGUGGCGCCCUGCGGUACGUGGAGAUCAUCCCUGAGGGCGGCGACAAUGGUGAAGCAGCGAGAAUCUUAAUGUCGACAAUGGAGCCCACCGGUUGGGAAGUGCCGUACGAGGAGAGGUUCGAGGAGAUCUGGAACGACACCAGCUACAGGAAGACCUGGCUUCCCAAGGAGGUACCUGAGUUGGUGGUCGUGUGCCCAUCGAACCCCGAUCUGGUCUACUUCGCCCUGGAGCAGCACAUAUUCAGCGUCAAUAUCCGUGGGCAUGAAGUCCUGGAGUUUGCAGAACAGACACAUGAGCUGGUGAACCUGCCAUGGCCAACACCGGCCUCGUGCCGCUAUGUCCUUGCUUGGGACCUCCCAUCAACGGCUGCUCAAGGUUUGCCUUAUGAAUCAUUAGUUGAAAUGACCCUCUAA